AUGGCGUGUCCUACCCAACUCGACCUCGAGAGUCAAACACCUCAAUCCGAGAAGCAGCCCCCUACUCCAAGCUCGCUACAACCGGACGAAUGCUCUCCUGCCUACAACAGCUCAACGGCACAAAAAUGUCUGGUAGUCUUCACAACAUCGUUCAUCACCUUAUCGGCAUCCUUUAGCAGCACAUCCCUUUUCUCCGCAGCGGACCAGAUUGCAGGCGACUUCGGUACGACAGCAGUGGUUAUCAAUGCAUCCAGUGCUGGUGUCUUGUUUACAAUGAGUGUGUCGACUUUUAUAUGGGGCCCUAUAGCGACACUUACCGGCCGUCUGGCUGCAUGGUACGCCUGUAUCGUUGCCUUGCUCUUCUUCACCAUGGCGGGGGCUCUAUCGCCGAAUUUGAGCACAUUCAUCGCCUUCAGAGUGCUAUCUGGCUUUCAGGGGACGUUCUUCCACGUCACAGGCCAGACCAUCCUUGCUGAGUACUUCCCACCAACGUCUCGAGGCACCGCAACCGGAUUCUUUCUCUGUGGCACAGUACUAGGAUCGCCACUUGGACCACUCGUCGCUGGAGUCGUCGUAACAUAUCAGAGCUGGCGAGUUAUUCUCUGGGUUCAGGUCGGCAUGAUCGCCAUCGGUCUCCUCUUCUCCUUCCUCUUUUUGAGGAAAGGCUGUAGCCCAGCGCUAAUACCAAAAGACGAUGAGACCACGCUCAUGUCACAUGUCGUCCAUGCUUUGAACCCGAUGAAGGUGCUCGGGCUGAUGAAGUACCCCAAUGUACUGCUCACAGACAUAGCAUGCGGUCUCCUGGCUUGGUCGCAGUACGCACUUCUAUCCAGUCCACGGCACAUCCUCGUAUCACAAUUCAACCUGAACACACCUCUGAUAUCAGGCCUCUUCUACCUCUCACCAACAGCAGGUUUCCUGUUCGGCACCAUAAUCGGUGGCAGAUUCUCAGACCACACAGUCCGACAGUGGAUCAAACGCCGAGACGGCAUCCGUCUACCACAAGAUCGACUACGAAGUGGCUUCGCAUCUUUCUUCUUCGUAAUCCCGGCAGCUUCUUUGAUCUUUGGCUGGUGUAUCGAAGAACAGGUAGGCGGCUUGGCGAUACCGAUCGUGACCGCCUUCUUCUCAGCAGCAGGGCUGCUUGCGGCACUCGCUGGUCUGAACACCUACUGUGCGGAAGUCAUGCCCAAGCGUCGGUCAGAUGCUAUCGCGAGCAAGUACGUGGUGCAGUACACCUUCUCGGCGCUGGCGACUGCGACGUGCGUGCCCAUGAUUGAUGCCAUCGGUGUUGGGUGGCAGAGCACCAUUAGCACGAUCUUGGUGUUAGUUGCUGGCGGGCUGUGCAUCACCGUUGCAUUAUACGGUAUCAACAUGCAGAUCUGGGUGGACAGGAAGUGCAGUCAUGGUACUGGGAGCGAGCCAGUAUCGACAGCGUCAUCAGCAGUCAACACACCAACGCGGACGUAA